AUGGGAGAUCCAUACAAUACUUACAACUCACACUCAACGCCUACCCCGAGCGGGGUUGACUACUAUCGCCCAGAGGAUCAGCCUCAGUACCCGGUAUAUGGUCACCGGCAGCCUUACGGAAACCAAGGGCCAUACCAGAACCCCGGAUCAGAGCCUUACCAGCCCAGUCCAAACCCAAACCAAGCCUAUGCUCCACAGCAAAGUCCAUACCAACUUGCGCCAGAUCCAUAUGGAUCCUCCACCGAAAGAAGCUAUACGCCGACAGGGCAGCCAGACUACCUUGGGCCAGUGGUUCCGACAGGAUACCAACAUGCGCAAGACAGAAUCCCCGGGAACGCGGAAUACUACAAUAACCAUCCGGCCAGCCAACCACGGUACACACCCUCCGCAAGUCCCCACCCUCCCGCCGUCUAUGCAUCAGAGCCAGAGUAUUCACAGCGCAGUGGCGAACAGCGCUUCGAUACAGAUACCGACACUGACCGGGGUAUGGACCGUGGGCUCGGGGGCUCGAUCGCUGGCGGCGUGGCGGGCUAUUAUCUCGGCCAUAAGAAGGAACAUGGCUUGCUGGGUGCGAUUGGUGGUGCGCUACUCGGGAACUUCAUAGAGAACAAAGUGAAGGAUCACAAGAGGCGUGACAUUGAUAGUGAAUAUGAGCAUGGGCAUGAUCACGGUGAUCAUCGGAGCCGUCACCACCACCAUCAUGGCCAUCGGAGCCAUUCGAGGGAUAGUAGUCAUAGCGGCCAUAGCGGGCACUCUCAUCAUACCAGCCAUUCGAGACAUUACUACGAGGAUGAAUACUGA